AUGGAGAGCUUCCAGCUGAAGAACCUGAACCCUGCGCAGCUGUUUCAGCUGUUGUUCCUCACCGUGCUGGAGCUGGCAGAGCGCUUCCAGAUCAACCUGAGGGGGCGGCCGCGUGUUUUCAUGCGGGAAGAACCUGAUGAGGAAAACCCACCAGAAGCUGUCCAGCCACCACCGGUGCCAGCUCAUGGGCCAGUACGUGCUCGCAGAUGCCAGAGUGCCUGCCGCUUCUGCGUGCAAGGCUGCGACCGAACGAAGCCCUACCACAAGCAUCAUGCUUGCCAAGGACAUGCCCACCUGAGGCAAAGACUGCGACGCAUGUUGCAGGAAGAACAGCUGAACUGCCAGAGCGUUCUCUGUACUUGGUUGUUGUCAAUGUUUGCAUGGGGACACUUUAGCGUGCAACGAGUACAAAAGAUCAGUGCUUUGGUUAUGAAAGAUUUGAAGAGUGCUGAGACUUCUGAAACAAUCUGGAAUGACUUGGAGACAUUAUCCAAGUUAGGAACUGAAGGUCUGUACGCGAACAAGAUGCACACGGAGCUCAUGGGCAAAUGCAAAGGCUUGUCUAACCUACCGACUUUUGUGAUCUCCCGAGCUCAAGCCAUGGACGUGCUUUGCGACCGCGAUGAGUCCCCGUGGUUCAGGGUCCUUUCAGGAAUGGUGCACAAGUUUUACAAUGGCUGUCCAUGGCAACGAAAGGAGGACCAUUCCGCAGGGUUCCACGAACGUUCUCGCUUUCAGUGGGGAAGUUGGGAAAUCAAGACCAUGAAUGGCCUUGUGGUUCCUCGAUGGGAUCUUUGGAUGUCGAACCGUGGCAAAGCUCGAGACUUUUUCGAAAGUUGGCUACAUGUGCAGAUGCGAGACUCUCCAGGCUGCGACCUCACCUACCAAGUAUUGGUCUUCUUGGAGCGGCUCUUCAUGGCAGGCUUGAAGCUAUAUGGUGAAGACCACCGAGAUGUCUGGGAAAAUCCUGAAGACUUCUUUGUGCGAAUGCUGCGACAUGAAGGGUACCGUGUCGAAGAUCAGAAAAUAUGGCUUGUUGACGAGAGCAGCGGCUGGUGGGAGGAGAAAAAGCCAUGUGGUCUAAAUUUGAAGGAAGCGUUUGACUUGUUGCACGAUGUGAAACUAAAAGACAUCAUGCAGCAGUGGGUUGAACCCAAUGCUCCUUCUUUGCAAUGGCAAUAA